UGUUGUUUUGGUUUAUGCGAGUAAAAUAAUUGUGUAGACUAGUAUUGUCCUUCAUUUUGCAUUUUUGGUCUUCCGCAUGAAGAAACUACGGGGCGAAAUGGAGCGAGAUGGGAAUUUUCAAGGUGGAAAUUCACCAAAUUUCUCGAGUUGCUGGAUUCUGACUGAGAGCCAGGAGUUCAUCCGGAGAACUUUUUCAUUUUUGCCGGCGAAAACAUUAGGGAUUUGCUCUGGAGUGUGCAAAGCAUGGUACGCAGAGGUGAAGCGAGUUUUGCAUCACAGAGAGGAGAUAGGUUGGGCAACGUUUGGUAGAAUCGAGGCUGAGGAAGUCAGUCAUGGGAAUGAGGAUCAACUCGGGCCAUUUGGAGCUCAUCUGAAUGCUUGCCUUAAGACCCUUGGAAGCCUACCCCGCCAUGCCAUCGUGUUCUCAGAAUGUCUGUCGUUGGAAGAAUUCCAGGAGGAAACCGAUUUUGGGCACGAGGAAACCAAUUCCAGUGGCACCAGAAAAACGCUACAGAAAUCGCUGGAAGCUGUCCGCUCCAAAUUGCCAGUGGAAAGUUCCGUCGUGUUCGUGCAUUCUGACGGCACAAUGGGAUGCAAGCCUGAUCUGAGCCCUGCGGGGGAAACGGAGGGUAGCUGGGGAACGGCCUGUGCCCUGCUGCCCAACAUGGAUGGAGUGACGGUGGAAUGCCAGCGACACUAUCGCAACAAAUUAACCAGGUCAGAGAUGGAGGCCUACGUUGCGAGGCAUGGCAUGCCAGCAGACACCAAAUGCGUUCUGGUCUUCAGUAGCGGGGGCCCCCAGAGAGGGGGCCGCUUCUUCGAACUCUUGCAGCGCGGCUUCCAGGAGGAAUUUGGCACGAUGCCCGUCAUUGUUGGUGGGAUCGCACGAAACGUCGGCAUGGAUGAUCAGACUCGCACUAACGAAACGGGAACAAACUCCAAGAAACUGCCCAGUUGUCUGACAGUGACGUUCUCUGGACCCAACGUGAGGGCAGCAUCUGUGGUUCUUGAUAACAGUGUCACCACCCGGGACAAAGCUCGCUCAAAAUUCCAGGAACUUAAGAAGUUGGGAUUGCCAGGGAAACACAGCCUGGCUUUCUUGUUCAGCUGCGUUGGGCGAGGGCGCCAUUUCUACCAGGCCGAGGAUGUGGAAAGCGGAGCCUUUCACGAGGUCUUUCCCGACACGCCCCUUGUGGGGUUCUUUGGGGGCGGGGAGUACGGCUGUGAUAACUUCACCCUGGGGAGAUCGGUGCAGGAGAGUGCAGACCAAGGCUCGGCAGACCUCAGGCACAGGAAUGCGCUGAAGAAACUGCAGAAUUUGGAGAAGUCGUUCACUUGUGUAGUAUGCUUGCUGUCAUUUGGCUGAAUAGUGAGGCAUUAGUGAGUGAUCUCUUUACUUUGCACUUGAAAUUAGGAAAAUAACUGGUCAACUGACUUGUUGACAUUUGAACUUUCAACUCUCCAGACUUGAGACACCGUUGCUAUGGACUCUGUGCGGAAGAGCCCCCUCGCUUGGCUACAAACAGGGAGUAAGGAAGGACCAGCAGUCCAUUUCACGAAACAGUGCGUAACUUACGCAAUGCGUAGGAGGUACACAAUGGCACAGCUGCGCAAUAAACUUAACAAAACGAUUCACAAAACUUGGCAGAGCUGCGCAACGUUUUAAACCUAAACAUCUUGGACGAGGAUAAUAACAGUAUUUACAACGGCUGUUUGUGUAUGAUUUUGUUUUUUCAUGAAACAGCUGUUGAAUCACCUCCGCCCACCAUUUUGAAAAUACUGUUGCCCGACUUUUUUUGGAAUCGUGCGGCAAUCUAAAAACUGUGUCACAAGUUCAAUGGCAAUACUUUUACUUAAACGUCCCUGUAGUGAAUUCUAAGAAACAUUUUAUGCAACUAAAUUUCCACUCUUAAAUAUAUGAAUAUUAUUUGAGAUCCCUUUUUGGUUCAUUUUAUGUGAAAGUGCACUUCUUUAACAUUGUCCAUGCUUUUUCAGACAACUGAGGGCGCUGUUGCUGUGAUGUCAUAUCAGGAAGACACUUUUCAGUUUUGAACCCAAAACUUUGUUCAUGGAAACAUUUGUGAGAAAAGUUUGCUCAUUGGUUAAUACUGCCAUGUACAGACACAUCAACAAAUCACCAAAGAAAAGAUAAAAUAUGACAGCGAUUAAAUAUCCCAAAUUCUGGCAACAUUUGGUGCUGACGUAGCUGUGACAUUGUGGUUUAUUGCUUGUAAUGACAUCACACUUUUGUUCAUGAAUAUGAAAAUUCACAACAGCGUAAACAAAAAUUAACCAAAAUACCCUUGAAAAUGGCAAAACAAAAAUUGAAAAUAGGAUUAAAUGGGACACGAAGGUGCAUUUUUAAAGAUUGCAUUAAAAACACACUUGUAAAUAAGUUGCGAGUGUCUUGUAUCAACAUU